GUCAGUAGUGUGUGUGUGUGUGCUGUGUGUGGGUAGUGAGGAGCACCUGUCUCACCACAAAACACCAGGCCCUACAUGCGCAGCGCCACUUGUAUAAAGAGCGCUGGGAGUAUACACGCUGCCACAGAACCAAGGCUGUCUGGAUUCAGGACCUUGAACAACUUUGGCAAGGAACUUUGUGUCUGGAGCAGCACCAAGCAACUUUGGGGAAGCAACUUUGCUAAGACUGUGGGCUAUUUCAAAAGGACAAGCUCCCCACAUGGUGCCAGGGCAUUAGUUCUGGCAGGACACAACAACACAGGGUCUUCUGCACGCAAGUAGGGCAGGCGAACACUGGGUCCGUAACCGCACCUCGGGUGGCCAGUCACGACCUCCGAUUCAACGGGUAAAUCUCGCCGAGUUUUCUGCUGUGAUAGGAGUUGGCAGUGGCAUUGCCUGGACCUGACAUCAUGCUGGCUGUGUGCAAGGUUGUGGUGCUUUUCGGCAGUAUUUUAUUGUUGGUUGGACAGAACGGUUUUGCCGGGGCGAACAGAGUGGAUGUACUGAGAGGUCAGCAGUGCACCCAGGUCUGUAACACACCGGCUCAGAGCGGCGCCUGUAGUUACACCUUUGUGGUGCCAAAAAACGAGAAGGACCCGUCCUGCCAAAGCUCGCCGUCGGCUCAGAUCCUCACGGAGAUGAAGAGAGACGUCAAGAAGACGUCGGACAAGGCGAACCGUCUGCGGCACCAGUUUAGCCGCUACCGCGAAGACCGAGAACUCUCCAACGCGAUCAUGCGCAAGGAAAUAGUCAACGCCACGGCUAGGAUGGAGAUCCGUUCGCUCGAACACGACGUGAAAGUGAAAAACCUGGAAAUCCAGCUCCUAAACCAGACCCUGCAACUCGAGCGUCUGAAAAGAAAGAACGAAGAGUUGGAGAAGAUUGUGCUGAUGAGUGAGGUAGAUCUGAUUCAGAUGAGAGACGUGCAUCAGACAGUCGACCAUCUUAACGAGGUUGUCACCACCCUGCAGACCAGGCUUAACGAGGUUUCACAACUCCUCACAGGCCAACUGCAAGAAAUGCUUAGUGGGCAGCUUGGCAUCGGGCACCCCCCUGGUGGUUUCCCCCCUGCCCCAGGGGCGCUCUCUGCCCAGCCCCAGUCUGCCUUCUCCGCAGCCCGCCAAACCAAGAUGUACGGCAGCAUCCCGCCGCAGCGGAUCGGCUUCGACAAGAUCUUCGUGAAUGAGGGCGGAGACUUUCACCAUGGUAACGGGACGUUUGUGACCAGAGUGCCUGGGGUUUACUUCUUCACCUUCACUAUACAGUCUUACGAUGGCAAGUUCACCAACAUCGCUCUGGUACAGAAUGGGAGAGAACAGGUGACGUUGUACACAGAGGAUGAUGACAGAAACAUCAUGCAGAGUCAGAGCAUCAUGCUUCGCCUGGCGACCAAUGACAAGGUCUGGCUGCAGCUGGACGGAGGAACACACCACGCCAUCCUCAGUUUCCAUGACAACCGCAUCACGUUCAGUGGAUACCUCGUCUACGCUAAGUUCAGUUAGAAUCACGAUAUCGUGU